GAUACAUUUAAUCAUGGCGGACCAUGAAACAAUUGAAGCGAUCAUUCGAUUCGUCGAUGCGAGGCAACCGUCGAUUCUAAUAAUUACAAGUUGAUUCAUGUAGCAGUAUAUAACAGUGUAAGUAACGUUGGCAUUUCCAUGAAAGUGAAAACAUCGAGUGAAAACUUUCUUUCUGGCUUGUAAGUUGUUUCACUUCCUGUGCGCGUAACCUCACUCUCUUGCUGCCGAUGCAUUUCUAUGCAGCUUCUACACGCCGCUGUCUUUACGUAAUCCUCAGCCGCGAAAGAAAGUUUCUAUCGUUGCGAGGAGGUUAACAUCCUCUACCUAUUCAAAUAUCGCUCGCUGCCCGAUGUAAUCGGAAGCAACGCGCUACGUUCGAAAAUGAAGCGAUCAAAUAUCUAUAUACCCGCAUAGAAAGAGAACUCUCUAAUGAAACUUUAUUAGUUCCUUUAUUUAUAUAAUCAAUAGAAAUUUUUCGAAGCGAAAAUGUUACUAUGAACACCUGUUUUCUUUUCAAGCCGAUAUACAUAAAUACGUAUGGAUGGCAUUAUUUUCGAGAGAAAGUAUUCAUCGAGUAUUCAAUAAAUUUCAAAUCGCCCGCUCAAAAUCAAGUCGGACAGUUUUGACAUGGCAGACGACGAAAGCAGUUCGACGUCCGACGAGAGUUUGGACGUAAAAAGUGUCAAAUUUGAUCCGCUGAAAGCGCUUUACUCCACAAAAAUAAAGCUUUCAGGCACGAAAGCACCAAUUUACGACAAUGUUUCGAAAUUCGAAGCCGUAAUGUCGGGUCUAUCGAAACAAUCGAAAAAAAAUGAUCGGACUACCGAUGUGAAGCAAGGAGAAUGUUCGAGGCAACGAUUUUUAUCCCAUCAAGAGCCUGUGGCCAACAAAAAGAAGAUAGAGAAACGAGACUGGAUCGCAGAUGGAAGGAACGUCCUCUCGAAAAUGCAAAGAACCUUCGGCCCGUUAGGAAUGCUGCACGAAUACAUGGAAAAUCGAACUCGCAUUAAGGUCUACACCAGAAACGCGCGUGGCAUAAGGGGACACGUGGAGGCAUACGUGGCCGCCUUCGACAAGCACUGGAACCUCGCGCUCGAGGACUGCUUCGAGAUUUGGACGCGUAAAGUGAAGAGGAAAGCACCUGCUCUGGGUAUGCCGAGCGGCGCGAGGACGAUGGACGAGGAAACCGCGCCCAAAGUAAUCGUGAAGAAGAUCGAGGGAAAGAUGGAGACCUUGGAAAGACACGUGCCGCAAAUGCUGCUGAGGGGAGAGCAGGUCGCUAUAAUCGUCAAAAUCAAUUGAGACGGUGAAUACGUCCUACCACCGAGAAACGGACACUGUGAUGUGACGUCACGCGACAUCAUGUUGCGACGCAUCGAGUCAUCACGAGCAACGUUAUACCUCCAUCAAUUAUAUUUAUUUUUUUUUCUUUUUCUCCUCCCCCGUUUUGUAUCGUUUUCUUUCGAGCAGUAUUAUCGAAUAAACGUCUUCGAUGUUU